CAGACCACAGGCCGCCGGACCCGGGCCGGACCGCCGCGCCCCGUCCGGCCCGGCCCGCAGGCCCCGCCCCUCACUUCCCCAUUCGGCGCUCCUCCCCCCGCGCCGCGCUCCAUACUUGGCGAUCGCCGCGGCCCUGCGCGCUCAUUGGCCGAGGGCUGGCUGCGUGGGGGGCGGGCCCGGGCCGGGCCGGGGCGGGGAAGGAAGGUGGCGGCGGCCCGACGCGGGGGGAGGGGGGCGCUGACCCGGAUGUUCACUCCUGGGCACCCGGGGAAGUGGAAGCGCUGGGCCCUGCUGCGGGGGGGGAGAGCUACAGACGCCGGGACCGGGACCGCCGCCGCCACCAUGAGUGAUCAGCAGCUGGACUGUGCCUUGGACUUAAUGAGGCGCCUGCCUCCACAGCAAAUCGAGAAAAACCUCAGCGACCUAAUCGACCUGGUCCCCAGUCUAUGUGAAGAUCUCCUGUCUUCUGUUGACCAGCCACUGAAAAUCGCCAGAGACAAAGUGGUGGGAAAGGAUUACCUUUUGUGUGACUACAACAGAGAUGGGGACUCCUACAGGUCACCGUGGAGUAACAAGUAUGACCCUCCGCUGGAAGAUGGGGCCAUGCCGUCUGCCCGGCUGCGGAAGCUGGAGGUGGAAGCCAAUAAUGCCUUUGACCAGUAUCGAGACCUGUAUUUUGAAGGCGGCGUCUCCUCUGUCUACCUCUGGGAUCUGGAUCAUGGCUUUGCUGGAGUGAUCCUCAUAAAGAAGGCUGGAGAUGGAUCAAAGAAGAUCAAAGGCUGCUGGGAUUCCAUCCAUGUGGUGGAAGUGCAGGAGAAAUCCAGUGGUCGCACCGCCCAUUAUAAGUUGACCUCCACGGUGAUGCUGUGGCUGCAAACCAACAAGUCCGGCUCUGGCACCAUGAACCUGGGAGGCAGCCUUACCAGACAGAUGGAGAAAGAUGAAACUGUGAGUGACUGCUCUCCACACAUAGCCAACAUCGGGCGCCUGGUGGAGGACAUGGAGAAUAAAAUCAGAAGUACGCUGAAUGAGAUCUACUUUGGAAAAACAAAGGACAUCGUCAAUGGGCUGAGGUCUGUGCAGACGUUUGCAGACAAAUCAAAACAAGAAGCUCUUAAGAAUGACCUGGUGGAGGCUUUGAAGAGAAAGCAGCAAAGUUAAACCUCUGCACGCUAACCAGACAUGCCAUGUACCUGUUAGUUUCCUUUCUUAGAAAACUCGUUUUCUGCUCCCCUCUCCCCCAGUCCCUCCCCCACCAACAGGUCACACACAAACACCUUGCAUCAUCAGCCGCACUGCGCCAUCUCUCCCUGAGAAUAAAACCCGAUAAACACCCUUCUCCAUCUCUGAGGCCUGCUUCCCACCACAUUUUGCUAUCGAAACUCGGUAUUUCCAUAAAGACUCUGUGUUUUUUGUUCACCCGAGUCCCCUGUCCUCCUGCCCUCCCUCCAUUUAUAGACAUAAAAUACACUGUCUGCCUUCCUUCCCACCUUUUUGUUACAUUGGUGUAAAAAAUGUAAAACAAAAAAAUUUUAUGAAAUAACUGUGGUGUGUGAAAGAUAGAAGAAAAACUGGAAAUCUGAUUCCACGUGUGUUUGGGAGUUGCUUGGGGUCGGGGGACAGGGGACGGCUCCGGGAGGAAGGAGGGCGGCCGGCGCUCGCUCUGCCCCGCGCAGACCUGCCCCUGUCCCCUGACCGCGGCGGGGUGGGGCAGGGAGUCGCUGACCGUCUGCUCUUCUGGCCAGGUGCUUUUCUGUCAAUUUUUAUGGAAUGCAAAGGAGUUUUUUUGUUUUAUUUUGUUUUAUUUUUUUUUUUUUUUGUAAAGCUUAAAACAAAAAA